CUCCAAGACAUAGGAAAUUCGUUCAGUAUAACAUGUAGUUGAGGAAAAUCUAAGACAAUGGUCUAGGUGUGUGUUUGUAUGUAUAGCCUUGUUUAGAAUGGCCUCCAUCCAAACGUAACAUUACAAUGUCUAGUCUUUGUUUAAAAUGGCCUCCAUUCAAACGUAACAUGACAAUAUGUCUAGUCUUGUCUAAAAUGGCUCCGUCAAAAUGUAAAACUACUGCAUUAACAUAAAAAAUUUCUAUCUAAGUUAUUAUUUAGAAAAUAAGAGUAGCAUUUUGAGCAAACAGGUCCCGUAGCUCAGUUGGUUAGAGCGUUGGUCUUAUGAGCCGAAGGUCGCGGGUUCGAGCCCCGCCGGGACCAUAAUUCCGGCCCAUUUUUAAAAAAUAUUACUGUUUUUGCAAAGCCCACUUCAAUCAUGUUAAAAUUCUUGUUUAAAAUGCUGGCCCAUUUGUUUAAAAUAUUACUGUUUUUGCAAAGCCCACUUCAAUCAUGUUAAAUAUCUUUUGCCUAUAAAAAAAAAAUAUAUAUAUAUAUAUAUAUAUAUCUUUUAUAUAUAUAUAUAUAUAUAUCUUUUGCCUCUACACGUCCGAUAUAUCCAUAAUCCCAUAUCCAGUGUGCAUGCAUGUACUGUAUUGUGUGUGUAUUAUAAACAAGAAAUGCAUAAAUCACUCCUACUUUGUAGUUUUCUCAACGAUCCGACCUCCCAGCUUUGUCCAAAUUUUCAAGAUUUCCCACCUUGUUUUUAUUAUUACUAUAUUAUUCGGUCCAUAGAUUAAAUUAAGAACCAAUUUAAAACUAUAUAUACUUAGCCGGAAAUGUCAUCACAGUAUGGUUAAUUUAGCUUUAAGCUACUUUGGCAAUGGGAGUUUGACUCCUCUGUUUUUUUUUUAAAGGUGUGAACACAAAUGGUGCUGAGAAUGGACCUAUUAAAAAAAGACCAAUAAUAGAUUGUUGUACAGUAAGAUUAAUUUUAUUUAAUAUGCCACCAAUUGUUUACAAAAUGAAUUAAUUGAUAAAAAUCUUGUUCUUAACAUUAAAACCCGCAUUAUUGUGAGAUUAUUUUUUGGUAGUAUGCCAGUCUAACCAGUUACAACCUAAAUAUAUUUAAAAACAAUAGAAAGGAUGGAUCAUGAAGGUUUUUAGUAGGUUGCGUUAAGUUUGAAUGGUCAAACUCGAAAAUGAGGAAAAAAAACUAAACCCAAUGUACUUCAAACUUCAAAGAUCUUCUUAUAUAAUCUUUUGGAUUUCACUUUACGAGAUGACUGUCACCAAAUGAUAGCAUAGGCAUCUCUCGUCAAAAUCAGACAGAGAGCUUCAUUUGUAUACUAACAAAUCAAUUCAUUAUUAUUCAUUACACCAAAGGAGAGAGAGAUUCAUCAUCAUCCUCAUCAUUAAGACUUUCUUUUUUUUUGGUAUGAUUUGAUUUUUGAUUGUCUACGUAUCAAUUUCUCUUGUUUGAUUGAAAUUUUUUAUUUUUUUUGGUAUGUAUAUGUGUACCAUUUUCCUUAUUAGGAUUCUGUACCCUUCUUUUUAGGUGCUAAUUGUUUCCAAUAUCUUGUCAAAAAAUCACAAACUUUCCAUGUUGAAAUCGUUAACAACCAUUUGCUCAUUGCUGCAGGGUUGAUCUGAUUAAGAUUUGUAGAGUUUGCUCAAAAAAAAAAAAAAAGAUUUGAAGAGUAACAAAGGAAUAGUUCCUGGAAUGGCUACAGUGGGCGUGGAGCCUAGUGCUGCGGUUAGAGAAUUUAUUGGCAACGUUACAGGUGUUGAUAGGUUACAUGAGGAGAUGAUUCACAUGAGAAUUCAAGAUGAUAAAGAAAUGGAAGAUACAAUUGUAUAUGGCAAUGUGACUGAGACUGGUUAUAUAGUAACUACAAUAGCUGGAAGAAAUGGCCAACCAAAUCAGACAAUCAGUUACAUGGCAGAGCGAGCUGUUGGGCAAGGAGCCUUUGGAGUUGUGUUCCAAGCGAAAUGUUUAGAAACAGGAGAAACUGUUGCGAUAAAGAAAGUCUUGCAAGAUCGGAGGUACAAGAACCGUGAGCUUCAAACAAUGAGACUACUUGACCAUCCAAAUGUAGUGUCUUUGAAACACUGCUUCUUCUCAACAACCGAUAAAGACGAGCUUUACCUCAACUUGGCUCUUGAAUACGUUCCAGAGACAGUACACCACGUUAUCAAUCAUUACAGCAAUCUUAACCAACGAAUGCCUCUUGUUUACGCCAAAGUCUAUACGUAUCAGAUAUUCAGGUCCUUAUCUUACAUUCACCGAUGUAUCGGUGUGUGCCACCGCGACAUAAAGCCUCAGAACUUGUUGGUUAACCCACACACUCAUCAAGUGAAGCUAUGUGAUUUUGGAAGUGCUAAAGUAUUGGUUAAAGGAGAGCCAAACAUUUCAUAUAUAUGCUCAAGGUAUUACAGAGCACCUGAGCUUAUUUUUGGAGCCACUGAGUAUACUACAGCCAUUGAUGUUUGGUCUGCAGGAUGUGUUCUUGCCGAGCUUCUUCUCGGACAGGUUAUACUCCCUCCAAUUCCAGCCAUUGUUCAACUUGUAGAGAUUAUAAAGGUUUUGGGAACACCAACAAGGGAGGAAAUCAAAUGCAUGAACCCCAAUUACACUGACUUCAAGUUCCCUCAGAUUAAAGCUCAUCCAUGGCAUAAGGUAUUUCACAAGGGGAUGCCUCCAGAAGCUGUUGAUUUGGUCUCAAGGCUUCUUCAGUACUCUCCCAAUCUCCGUUUCACUGCUAUUGAUGUAUUGGUCCAUCCUUUCUUUGACGAGCUUAGAGAUCCCAAUGGAAGUUUAUUUCCACCGCUAUUCAACUUCAAGCCUCAUGAGCUUCAAGGUGUGCCUCUGGAGAUGGUGGCUAAGUUAGUACCUGAACAUGCUAGGGACCAGUGUCCUUGGCUCGGCUUGUAAUCUAUCCGUUGUUACUUGCAGAACACGAAAACCAGAGGGAACAGUCAGAGAAAUUCAUAUCUUAUCUAUCUGCUUCUUGUUUUUGUUACUCUGAUUCAAUCUCAAUAAGAUGAUUUUGUAACCCUUUAUUCUUUGUAGUGAGUAGGGAAAGAGUGAAUCAUUCUGAGGGUUAUGAUAUUUAUCAAAGUCAACAAAUAUUUUUUAUUAUAAAAAACAAAUAAAUUCAUUGUUAUUUUUUCAUGUA